GAAACUAGUAAAAUACAAACUUGUAACAAAAUGUUCCAAAUCGCGUAUAAAACAUCAUAAUUAGCACAUUACCAAACGAUAUCUUUGCAAAAAGAUAUAAUGAUCGAAACGAUAACUCCAAUACAUGCUCAUUAUCUCACAUCGAUAUAUUAUCUUAUCAGAUAAGUUCAGUAAAUACAACUCAGCUGUGUAACACAAUGCAUUCAUUGCUAGCCGGUAACACCCGCGUUGCAGUUAUCAGGUGUUUAAAAGUUCUGCGAUUAGUGAUUGUAAUCAAAGUCGAUUGAUAAUCAUUCGGUUAAUGCAUGGAACUAAGCCUAGAUAAGUUAGAGUGUUUAGGUGCAGUGCUUGAAGAUUUUAUGCGAGUAUUACCAUGUGCUACAACUAAAACAAUGGACAAGUUGAUGUCCUUCUUCCAGCCGGAGAAGCGGCGGGCCAGCAAAAAAGAAGAGGACUUGGAGGAGCGAGAUGUAUCGGUGGUCGAGGAUAGGAGGAAAUGGUCCAUUUCCCGGUCGGGCCGCAUGAAACAGGCCAACAAGAAGAGGCAUAGCGUCGCUAAAGAUCUUUAUGGAGAGGCAUGCGUUCCUGUAGAAAAACCAAAAACUCUGGAGUACCAUGUAAACAUUCCUAUCAAACCUUUGGAGGCAUCCAAGCCUGUCGGGAGCCCUAGCGAACCAAAAUCUCCAGAGGAAGAAAUCGAGAGCGCGUUCGAAAUACUGGACAAAGAGGAUAAAAUUGAUAAGUUGGAUGCGUCCUAGAGUCGGACCUAGCUAACAGUGUACAGACUUUGCAAUUACAACGCGUAGUGACACUAUCACACUUUGUUACGUCAAUGUCGGUGCAGAGUUAGCUCAGACAGACUU